CUGUGACGGAAUCAUUGCCACAUUCACGCGUCGAACUACUGCAGCAGACUUGUCUCUGGACUGAAAAUACACGAUGGCGCCUUCGAAAUCAUCUGCUACACCUGACGAGACGCGUUCACGUUUCGCAGCCCUUGAACCACGCAUCAAGAACGUCCCCCAAGCGACCAUCCGAAAGAAAUGGAAGCCUCUACCGACAUCAUCUCAGGACAAGGUCCGACAGAUCCUUUUGAAUGUCGAAGCGAAGCGAAGGGGGUGCAAUGCGCGAAUUCCUCCACUCAGCAAAACCCGCGCGGGACAAGCGUCCAAAGCCAACACCAAGAAUGCUCUCAAGGAAGAAGAGUACGACAAGAUCGUUGAAGAAAUCGCAGACAAACUGAUAUCCCGUCUCCCUCGCAUGCCUUUCCCACCCGCACCCACCAGUUCCUCUCAAGACGACACACCUUUCGACCUGUCCAACACCCUCCACCGCAUCUCAUCCCUUCAAUCGACCCUGAACAUGAACACGUCCUCGUCACACCUCCUCCGCCGACAGAUCAAGCGCGAACGACGACUCCUGAAGCGCGACACGGCCGAACUCGACGCACUCGAGACGGGUCUGAGGUCCGCCAAAGACCUUCGCCGGAAGAAAGAGCGCGGUUUGCAUCCGGUGGUUCGGAAACUUGCCGACUCCGAAAUGGACUCGAGUCAACUGGGCCGGGUUGAAAGGAUCAAUAGUAUCACGGGCAUUUCUACCAAUUCCUCAGAAGACACAGACUCCCGCCGUCCGAAUGGUCUAGCUGAGACUCUUGGACAGGAGGAGGAGGAUGAGAGGAAAGAUGAAACUCUGAACUCGAUGCACAAACAACUCCGCAAUCAUUUGACUAGCAUGCAGAAUAACACGGCACCCAUACAUCCCGUUCUCGCGGCGAUGGAUGAGACAAAGGCGAUGCUGGAUUCUUUUGCGAUGAAAAAGUUUGAUCACGAGACACUGUCACAGAUAUACAAUGUUUCAGGAUGAUGAUGACAAUGACGAUGACGAUGUAGCGAGGAGGACAAGAAGCACCAACGAGACGAGAUGAGAGUCAUUGUACUUGUGAUUGUCCAUGUAAAGAUAUGAAUCAUGACCAUGAAUGAAUGUAUGAUAUAUUUGCC